UUAUAUCUCAGAGUUCAUGGCAGAAAAAAUACAUUCGUCAGGUUUUGACAAUAAUAUUAAAAACAACACUCAAGCUGAAGACCAAUUUAUUAAAGAAUGCAGUGAAAAAUUUGGAAUAAAAAUUGAAAGAAGUAAAAUGAACCCCAACAAAGGUCGGAGGACACAAGCCAAACUUAUGUUAAAUAAUCUUUGGGGACGAUUUUCACUACGCAAUUUUGGUCUUUCUCAAUGUAUAAUAACUGAUGACCCAGAACAAUACCAAAAAUUCAUAAAUGACAAAUCAAUUCAAAUAACAAGCCUAGAUGAAUUGUCCCCAGAAAUAUUAAUGAUUGCAUAUAUGAAGAAAAAAGAGUGGAUCGAAGAACAUGAGUGUUCUAAUAUUGGUAUUUUUUAUUAA